AGUGGACAGACACGUUUGUAGGCUGGACAAGCAAUCUACAAAACUUUCUUUGGGUGGAUAAUUAGCAGAGUGCUUGGGUGGCGCAGGUGAAGGAUUUGUGGCCGGACACCAUGACAGCCGGAUUGCAACACCACGACGGGGAGAGAGAUUAAAGCAGCGCCAGAAAAUGGCCCCUCACAGCAAGAAUUCGAAAGGCCAUGAUGGGAGUUAUGGAGAGAAAAGCAAAGAGGUGAAGGCGAGUCCCGCUCACUCCACCAUGGCUCUGGUUGAGUCGGAGGAAAUCGACCCGUGGAACCUGCCGGAGCUGAAGGACGACGGCGUCUCGUGGUCAGAUUUGGAUACCAAAGGGAAGGUGCUGCGGGUGCUGCUGUCGGUGGGGAAGUUCAUUUUUCUGCUGGGCCUCCUGUAUAUGUUCGUCUGUUCCCUCGACAUCCUCAGCUCGGCUUUCCAACUUGUUGGAGGUAAAACAGCGGGGGACAUCUUCCAGGAGGAUUCGGUGCUGGCCAACCCUCUGGCCGGCCUCGUCAUCGGCGUCCUGGUCACUCUGCUGGUGCAGAGCUCCUCCACGUCCUCCUCUAUAGUCGUCAGCAUGGUCUCCUCUGGGCUGCUGAAAGUCCCGGUGGCCGUUCCCGUCAUCAUGGGCACCAACAUCGGCACCUCAGUGACCAACACGCUGGUUGCCAUGACGCAGGCUGGGGACCGCAGCACCUUUCGCAGGGCGUUUGCAGGGGCCACGGUGCACGACUUCUUCAACUGGCUGUCUGUGCUGGUGCUGCUGCCCUUGGAGGUCGCCACCGGUUAUUUGUACGUGCUCACGAAGCUCAUCAUCGACUCAUUUAACAUCGAGAGUGGAGAACCCCCGGAGCUGUUAAAUGUCAUCACCGACCCCAUCACCGAGGCCAUCAUAGAGCUGGAUCAGUCCGUCAUUAAUGGAAUCGCCACUGGAGAUCCGGAAGCCAGAGAGAAGAGUCUCAUCAAGACAUGGUGCAAUACCUUCACCAACACAAGCCUAUCGAUCGUCCAGGUUCCAGGUCCGGAGAACUGUACCGCUCCGUCUCUCUGCUGGUUUGAUGGAAACGAGACGUACACGCUGAAGAACGUGUCGAAUACAUUCAACAUAGACAAAUGCACUCACCUCUUUGUGGACACGAGCCUGUCCGAUCUGGCGGCGGGUCUGAUCCUGCUGGCCGCCUCUCUUCUGGUUCUCUGUUCGUGCCUGGUCCUCAUUGUCAAGCUGCUCAACUCCAUGCUGAAGGGACAGGUGGCCACAGUCAUCAGGAAAAUCCUCAACACGGAUUUCCCUUUUCCUUUCGGCUGGGUCACGGGUUACAUCGCCAUCACAGUCGGCGCUGCAAUGACUUUUAUUGUGCAGAGCAGCUCCGUGUUCACGUCGGCUAUCACUCCACUUGUUGGAAUUGGUGUCAUCAGCAUAGAGAGAGCAUACCCAUUGUCUUUGGGUUCAAAUAUUGGCACCACCACCACAGCCAUCCUGGCAGCUAUGGCUAGUCCAGGAAACACUCUGAAAAAUGCACUGCAGAUUGCCCUGGUGCACUUCGUGUUCAACAUCUCCGGCAUCCUCCUGUGGUACCCCAUCCCCUUCACCCGCCUCCCCAUCCGGAUGGCCAAAGGCCUGGGGGACAUCACCGCCUCCCACCGCUGGUUUGCUGCCGUCUACAUCCUCUUCUGCUUCUUCAUUUUACCUCUGUCUGUGUUCAGCCUGUCGCUGGCGGGAUGGCAGGUCCUGGUGGGGGUCGGCGUACCUCUGGUCGUCGUGUUGAUCGCCAUCAUGGUCAUUAACAUCCUGCAGAGACGAAAGCCCGGGUGUCUUCCAGCGGCGCUGCGGUCCUGGGACUUCCUCCCUCUCUGGGCCCACUCCCUGGACCCUUGGGACAAAGUGGUCGAUGCCAUUUCCGCCAAAUGUUGCUGCUGCUGCAAAUGCUGCCACAUUCCAUCCGAUGCUGAAGAACACGAAUCACAGGGCUCUUCGGAACAGAUGGGGAAAAUACAAACGGAGGUGUAUGACAAUCCUGCAAUGAGUGCAGAAAAAGAAAUGGAAAAUGAGAUAAGGAUAGAGAUGAAGAUUCUCAAAAUGACCAAAAUCUGAGAUUUUAUAUGAACUGUGUUUAUAUGACUGAAGGAAGCAGGUUAGUCAUGACGUAAGACCCAACCUUCUUCAAAGUGUGUAAUUUAAAAUGGCUUUAAAUGAAAGAUUAUGUGCAAUAAUGGUGCUUCGUCUUACUAAAAGUGGCCUUUAAAGUUUGGUAUUGAUGACUCAAAUUUAAUGAAAAGACCAAAACUCAAAAGCAUGUUUGCUUGUCUUUUGGUGCUUUUAAACUGAACAUCAAGACAGUUCAGCUCAGACGUCGGGAAAAAGAACAUUUGUUCUUUGCAAGGCGAGUUUCAGUCAAUACUUUUGCAGGACGCGGUUUGACAGUGUGAUGUCAUCAGAUUUUAUUGAUACGAGUCACUCCGCACGCGGCUGUUAUACAGCAGAGAGGUUGGUUAAUGGGGGAUAAGAAAGAGACACGAACAAAACAAGUCAUCUUGGCCAUGUAAGAGGGGAAACAAUGCAAUUCAACUGGACAUGUUGUGUUUAAUCUUUCACGUCUCCAGUUUGUUUCUAUGUUUAUUAAUUCCUGAUUACGUUUUUGUACUUUUUCUAUCAACUUUUUCAAAUCCCAAAUUUUAAAAUAAGUGGAUGGAAACUCAGCGAAGCAGUUUAAGGCCACAUGUUAAAGAAGUUGUUGAAGAAAACACGACCUAGGAGCAGCUCCACGUGGACGAAGACGAAGCUCUUUCUGCUGGAGAACACAAGCUUUUGGAUAUUUAACAUAAACUCUCUUCAGACUUACCCGACAAUAUGUGCAUUUCUUUUUGGUUAUAGGAUUUGGCAAAAUUGUGAUUUCACCUUUUGUACCUUUGCUGUAGUGUUUUAUAUUGUUAGUUGAUUAACACCAUUUACACUAUGAGGCCUGAUGCUAACUCUUAACUUAACGGCGGGAAGCCUUAUUUUACUCUUAACUGCUACCAGCAUGGUGUAUGUUUAAAAAAAGCAAGUACAACCA